AUGAAUCUUUUUGGAUUGGGGAGCAAUCAUACUCAAAAGGAUGGAAAUGAGAUGUGCCAGAAAUUCAGAGACGGCGAUCUAAGGGCAGCCAUAGUGUCUUCUUCAGAUCCACAGGCAGACAGGAUGCUUCUCCUUGGACUUAAAUGUCUGUUCCAGAGGCAGCUGUCGAGGAUGCCCAGGGAGUACAUUCUUAGGCAAGUGUUUGACUCCAAGCAUGCCAGCAUGGCGCUGAUAAACUCUGCAAAGGAGGUUGUGGGGGGAAUAUGCUACAGGCCGUUCUUUGAGCAGGGCUUUGUAGAGAUUGUGUUUCUGGCUGUUGACUACGACUUCCAAGUGAAGGGAGUUGGCGGGUUUAUGAUGGAUCUUUUCAAGGAGGUUAUCAAGGAAGAAGUGAAAAGCUGCAGGUGGAAGUUGGCGGACGACGUUCUCGGAAUCUACGAGCACAAGUACAGGACCAUUGAAGACCUCGGCCCGCUUCUAGCCAAAGCACCCGAGUGCGGUGCAAGGCCUCUUUAUUUGGUAACGUAUGCAGACAACUUUGCAAUAGGAUACUUCAGGAAGCAAGGUUUUUCUACCGAAAUAAGGUUUGGAGGAUGGAUUGGGUUCAUUAAGGAUUACGAGGGAGGCACCAUAGUUGAGUGCCAUGUCUUUUGGGAGAUCAAUUAUCUGAGGAAGCAGGAGAUUAUUAGGGACAUGAAGAGAAAGCUGCUGGAAGAAAUGAAGAAAAUCAACACCUAUCAUGUAGUUCACAAGAUAGACGACUACUCGAAUAUUAAGAGCAUUGGAGACAUCCCGGGCGUCCUGGAUGCUAAGGGUUCUGAUGAGGAAGAUAGUGACAUGAGGCGGCAAGCCAGGUUUAUUUCGUAUCUUAUAUCUGAUCUCCGGAUGAAUGCGCAUGCCUGGCCAUUUCUGAAGCCUGUGGAUCCUACAGAGGUUCCUGACUACUACAAGCGUAUAUCCAAUCCUAUGGAUCUGUCCACCAUGGCGUCCAAACUAAAAGGCAACGAGUACAAAUACAUAGAGGCAUUUAUCGAUGAUGUGAACUUGAUGGUAAAUAACUGUCUUACGUACAAUGGCAGAGAUACACAGUACUACAAGUGUGCACAGAUGCUCCUGGCGCACUUCAACAAAAGGCUUGAGUUUUACAAACAUGUCAUUGAUAGACUCCCAAAGAGAAGAGAGGCCAAGUGA